GCGGUUGCGGUCAGCAAGGCCACUGCAGGAACCAGGGGAAAGCGGAGGAGAACCACUGGACUGCUGGAGCUGCGUCGUGUUCCUGCAGAUAGGUCGAGUUCGAGCCAGAUAGGUGGCCUACGUGAUUGAUCAGUGAUGAGGCGUCGUCCCGUAUCGACGGUGUUGUUUCGCUCCUUCUGGGCAUGGACGAGUGAUGAGUCAGUCUACUGGGACGCGCUUUGCCCGUUGCUCACCACCACGGCCUCGUUGGACUCCAAGGACUCCAAGGACCAGGCUCCUAUAUCCUUGCGAGAUGCACUUGGAACUUCUGCUGUUUCUCUACUCGGCAGUGCUCGGCAGAUGGCCCUGUCCCAAUCGCCCACGAAAUCCUCAGUAUGCAACCCCAGGAGGACCCUCACCCACGGCUUGCAGCGUGCCGCAGACGGACCAAUUUUUUUUUCAACAUCCAGCCGACGACAGAAAACGCCGCACAAACGUAAAUGACUAGAGGUAGCGCGGGCGAACAGCGCACCAUCACAAACGCCUCGUCGACAGGAUGCUGUCGGUUGGUGUGCUCGU